CCUCAGCACCGGCCAUGGCCACCAUCUUCAACAAAUUCCGCAAAUCAUCCCAGUCAGACGCUCGCAGCAGGCGCUCCGCAUCUACCAACUCCACCUCGGGCCCUCUCUCCGACGACGACGCCCCCCGCACAUCCACCGCCCCCUCCCCCUCCCCCAGCAGGAGAACAGGCGCCUCGGGAAGCCUCUUUGUCGAAGACCUUGCCCCGCCCACCACCCCAUCCAGCAACAACAACACUGUAACAUCGAGCGGCGCCACUGAAUCGCGUACUCCCAACAGACCAGGUGACCUCUCAGUACCCAACUCGGCGCAGCAGCAGCCUCUUGGCACUCCCAAAUUCACCCUCACGCAGGACGGGUCCAACAGCCCCCGAAGCUUUGACGGGAGUCCUGUGCAGGAUCGCAGCCCCGCCAUGAAUCACGACAAUGGAUCCAACGAACCUGUAGGUCUCGGCUUUGGCAAAUCGAACCCCGGAGCUUCUGAUGUCAGUUUGUGUCCUUGUCCUCAUCUGCAUCUCCAUGAUCCCCCAAGAUCCCCACUAUGAGCCUUGCAGAUGCUGACGCCAAUACAGGAAGACGACCUCGAGACUCCCACCCUCGAUUCUAGCUUUCCCAGCACCUCCGCCAACCGCGUUUCCGCAGUGUCUAUCGCCGCUGACCCGUCGUCGCGUGAACGUGCCAGCUCCCUCGCAUUCUCCGAAGGCAAUGUCCGGUCGCGCAGUGGCUCUAUGGUGUCCCGCAUAACCAACAGACACGGGCCUGCCUCGCCCAAUAGUCUCAUGCCCGACGAUCAGAAGGGCUCGGUGUCGAGCAAAAAGUCGCGCAAGAAGAGGGACCGUCGAAGGUCGGUCACUUCGACUGCCUCGGGACAAUCGUCAUUGGCGGCGCUCGCAAGGGGUGGCCUGCAAAUGGCUGGACCUGGGACAAUUGGGGAUGAACUCCAUAUCAAGCAGCACAAAGGGCGAAGGGCCACAAGUCCUCUCAAGAGGAGCCCGUACCUCACUCGAGGAGAGGAGGGCGAUGGGGACGAGUUGGACGACGAGUACGGGGAAGGGCUCGACGAUGAUGAUGACGAUGAUAGCGACUUGGAAGACACACUGUCGGUGUUGGGGUAUGCUGUGGCGAGCAACAGGCGGAACGCCGACUUUCAUCAAGUGUUCCCUAGCGUCGAUGAGGGGGACUAUCUCAUUGACGACUAUGGCUGUGCCUACGCCAAGGAUAUUCUUGUUCAAGGUCGCGCAUACAUUUCUGAAAAUUACAUUUGCUUUCAUGCCAACAUCUUUGGCUGGACCACUGACCUGGUCAUCCCUUUCACGGAAAUCAAAAGUAUAGAAAAGAAGAUGACCGCCCUCGUCAUUCCCAAUGCCAUCGGCAUAAACACCGCCACAGCCCGAUAUACAUUCGCAUCCUUCAUCUCUCGAGACACCGUCUACGAUGUCAUGAUGAACAUCUGGCGCCUCUGCAAUCCCAACGCAGUCAUGUCCUCUCUCUCCCUCCCCGGCACGAAUAAUUCCCGCCCUGCGUCCAUCUCCGGCGAGCUCGCUGACGCCGAAGGCGAUGCGCCUUCGGGCCCCUCGGCUGGGCAACAGAUCGCUGGAGCGAGCGUCAAGGGUGCUGGAUCAGAGACGCAUAAACCCACACAAUGCGCAUGUGGGAAGGACGGGAAGCAUUACCCCGAGAUAGCGUUGGAAGCAACUUUCCCGAGUACACCAGAGAAGGUUUACAACCUCAUGUUUAACAGUGGAUGGUUGAAGACCUUUUUGAGUGAUAGCCAGCAAUUACGAGAUAUCGAGUACUCGGACUGGCGCACCGGAGAAGGGUCAGACCAGCUCACCCGCUCACUAUCCUAUAUCAAACCUCUCAAUGGCUCCAUUGGCCCAAAGCAGACCACCUGCCACAUUACUGAUUCGCGCGUUCAUUUCGAGCCCGAAGAGUACAUUGCGAUGGUGACUACCACGAGGACACCAGAUGUGCCGAGCGGAGGCGUGUUUAGCGUCAUGACAAGGACUUGCUUCAUGUGGGCCGGGGGAAACUCGACCAAGGUUGUCGUUACCACCGGGGUUGAAUGGACUGGAAAGAGCUGGAUCAAGGGAAUCAUUGAAAAGUCUGCCAUAGACGGCCAAAAGACUUACCAUGACGACCUCAAACUGUCCAUGCUCUCCUACAUCCAAUCCCACAUCUCUGAAUUCCUUCCUCCCGGUGCCCAGGCAUCUGUCGAUACACCGGUCUCUGGAACUCCUGCGGCUGAAGUCGCCGCUGCCGCCGAUAAGCAGACUGAGGCGCAAGAGUAUGCCAAAAAGGCGAGGAAGGAUAGACAGGAGCAGGACUGGGGCAUGGUGCAAGCGGGAGUCGAUUCGCUCGUGGCCGGAGGGAAGGGCGUCGUCUCUGGAUUCAAGUUCUGUGUGGAUGGGCUGAGCGACCUGAUCUUCCCCUCGGGGCUGUCAAAACAAUCUGUAACGACCCUCGUCAUCAUCGUCCUCGUGAUCUCCAAUGUCUGGACAUAUAUCGCCUUCUCUGGUGGCCAGCAGCGAUCAUUUCUAGAGCGUCGCUCGGCUAAACGUGGGAAUGACGAAGUGGCCGAGGCGGUCAAGAUGGUGCUCGGGCAGAGGAGAGAUCCGGUUCAGGAGGCGCAGGAGCUGGUCAGGGUUUUGGACUUUGUGGAAAGGAGAUUGGGCAAGUUGAGGGAAGAAGCGAAAGAGCUGGGUGACAGCGCGGUGCGAGGUGGGGAGAACAAUGGAGAGGAUCUCGACUAAAGAUUGCCUUUUGCGUGUUGAAUGUUCAACUUUUUGCGCGGAAUGGGUUGUGCGUUCCAUUUGUACGAGUACUAUGCCGACGAGAUAUGCCGACGAAUCUGAUGCAUUCGGAUG